GUCAUUUUCGUUGGUCCAUGUGCUUUUCAUUUCUUUACGAAAACAAAAAACAAAAGAACAAAGCCCUGAAUUCAUUUAACAAUUUCUAUAAAUUGUAACCAUCAGCAAUUGCAGAGUGUAUAUACUACCUUGUACUGAAGUUGUGAACAAAUGGGCUCCAACUCAAAGUUUCUCUUUUACACGGUUCUGUUGAUAACCUCACACCUGGUGUCUUCAAGGAAUUUGCCUGAUUCUUCCACUUCCGACAUUGACAAAUCAAAGAGGAAACAUGUUCAUCAUGACGUAAAGAAUAUGGUGGCGGAUGCCAAGUACGGCGGUUUCGGAGGAUAUUCCGGAGGCGGGGACUACGGAGGAGACCCCGGCGGUGGCGGAUAUCCUGGAGGAGGAGAAUAUGGAGACGACCCUGGUGGGGGAUACCAUGGUGGUGGAAAUCCCGGAGGAGGAGGAGAAUAUGGAUAUGAGCCCGGUAAUGGGUAUCCCGGAAGAGGAGAUCAAGGCGGCGGAUCCAGAGGAUAUGGAGGAAACCCUAGCAAUGGUGGAGGAGGAUCCUCCGGAGGACAGUACGGAUGGUAUCCUCCAGGUGGAAGAAAUGGAUGGUAUCCGGGUUGGGGUUGGAAUGGAGGACGUGGUGGCGGCAGCGGCGGCAAUGGUAAUGGCAGUGGCGGUAACGGCAAUGGCGGCGGUUACGGAGGAUAUUGCCGGUAUGGUUGUUGUGGCCGGAGUUAUUAUUACGGCCGGGGAUGUAGGUGUUGUUCACGUUUUGGCCAGGCUGUGAAUGCAGAGCUUCAUAACUAAAUUAAUUAAUAAAAAAGCCAGCUUUUGAUGAGAUCGAUUGCAUGGAAAUGAAGAACAUCGUACAACUUCACCAACCUUAUUAAUUAUUGCAGUCAUAUCAUGCAAUAUAUGCAUGCAGUAGAAUUAUUGUAUUUUUAUUGCUGAAAUAUAUAUAUACACGUGUACUAAAUAAAUUGGACUUUAUUUUGCACUACCCCCUUACCUUUAUGUUUCUUUGUGGCAGAUAUUUCAUUCAAACAUUUCUUUUUGGUUGUUUGGCUAUGUCUCUAGAUAUGAUACUCGGGACAAUACAAGUUACAUUUCAAUUUUGAAUCAAAAGAGAAAUUUUAAGAAAUAGUAGAUUUAUUCUUUCUAGAAAUAAGUUGGAUUUGACUUUAAUAAGAUACUUCGCAUUCAUG